AUGAAGAACCCGCGAGAGCUCGCGGACCGCUCAAAGUAUUGCCGAUUCCAUCGACAACACGGGCACGACACCGAACAGUGUUACGAGUUAAAAAGACAAAUCGAGGAGCUCAUCCUCAGAGGUCACCUCGGCCAGUACCUCCGACCGAGCAAGGAGCAGUCUCCUCGUCCGGAGGGCCCUGUUGAGCAACACAUCGAUGUCAUAGCCGGGGGCCCCGCUUCCGGAGGAAGUUCUAUGUCGGGCAGGAAGGCCUAUGCCCGGGCCGCCCCCGACGAAGCCUCGGGACGCGGGCCCAAGCCCGAGAUCACCUUCCCAACCGGAGCUACCGAGCGACCCCACCACGACGACGCCCUGGUGAUAUCGGCUAGGGUAGCCAACGCGCAAGUAAGGAGAAUCAUGGUCGACACGGGGAGCUCGGCCGACAUACUCUACUUUGGCGCCUUCCAGAAGCUGGGCCUAGCCAGGGAAAGUCUAAGCCUGAUGUGCUCGGCGCUCACCGGCUUUACGGGAGAUUCAAUAUCGCCCCUAGGAGCCAUCACCCUGCCUCUGACCCUGGGGACCCCGCCGAAAUCAAAGACCGUCAUGACCACCUUUUUGGUGGUCGAUCUUCCCACCGCUUAUAAUGCCAUACUCGGUCGACCAACCCUCAACAAGGUCAGAGCCGUCGUCUCGACCUACUACCGGACCGUCAAAUUCCCGACUCGGGAGGGGGUCGGGGAAGUCACCGGAAGCCCCCAAGAGUCCAGGCGCUGCUACCUUACCUCCGUCUCAUUGAGCAAAAGGGCCAGGGGAGGGGCGCCUCUAGAAGAUCCCCGGGAAGCAAAGAAGCCGGCCCUCCACCCUGAGCCGAGGGGAUCCACUGUUGACGUCCCCUUGCGGGAAGCACGGCCGGAUCAGACGGUCAAGGUCGGAUCAGAGCUGCCCGAGCGGGAACGGGAACAGCUCGUCGGCCUUCUGCGGGAAAAUGCCAACAUUUUCGCCUGGUUCCCGUCAGACAUGGGGGGGGUCGACCCGAAGGUCGCGGAGCAUCAUCUCAAUAUCCCACCUGACGCUCGUCCGGUGAAGCAAAAGCCCCGGCGCCACGCACCUGACCGACAACGUGCCAUACAAGAGGAGGUGGACCGACUCUUGGCGGCCGGCUUCAUAGAAGAAGCCAAAUACCCUCAGUGGUUAUCCAAUGUAGUUCUCGUGAAAAAACACAAUGAAAGCUGGAGGAUGUGCGUCGACUACACUAGUCUCAACAGUGCGUGUCCUAAGGACUGCUAUCCCCUCCCGAAGAUCGACCAGCUGGUCGACGCGACGGCAGGGCACGCGCGCCUCUCCUUCAUGGACGCCUAUUCAGGAUACAACCAGAUCAGGAUGGCGCCCGAAGACAGGGAACACACGGCUUUCCUUACCGAUCAAGGGAUCUACUUCUACAAGGUCAUGUCGUUCGGGUUGAAAAAUGCCGGAGCCACGUACCAGAGGACGGUAAACAAAAUGUUUGCCCCUCAAAUCGGGAGGAACAUGGAAGUCUACGUAGACGAUAUGAUUGUGAAAAGCAGAGAGGCCGGAACACACCUUGCCGACCUAGCCGAGGCCUUCGCCACGCUACGCAAGUUCGGCAUGCGGCUCAACCCCACAAAGUGCGCUUUCGGCGUCACCUCCGGCAAGUUCCUGGGGUUCAUUGUACACCAGAGAGGGAUCGACGCCAACCCGGAGAAAGUACAGGCAAUAAUCGAUAUGCAGUCCCCCCGGACGGUUAAAGACCUGCAGCGACUCAACGAUAGACUUGUCGCCCUAUCUCGCUUCCUUGCCCGAUCGGGCGAUCGCUGCCUCCCUUUCUUCAAGGCGCUCAAAGACCCGAAGAACUUCCAAUGGACAUCGGAAUGCGAGGAGGCUUUGAAACAGAUGAAGCAGCACCUGGCCAGCCUCCCUCGACUCGCCUCUGUCUCCCCCGGCGAGAAAUUGGGGCUCUAUCUGGCGGCCUCCCUGCACGCAGUUAGCUCCGUCCUCGUGAAGGAAAGCUCUGGUGCAUAA